AUGAGCUUGAGCGAGAUCCACAAUCUCACUCGCUCCGUCUUGAUCCGGGAAGGCGCCAGCCCGGAGCAUGCGGACAGUGUUGCUGACUGCGUCAGGAAUGCUGAGAGGGACGGAGCCAGUUCCCAUGGGAUGUACCGAGUUCCAGGAUACAUCAGGUCCCUCCGAAGCGGAAAAGUCCGCGGAGAUGCGGACCCGUCGCUGACCCGAGUCAACGAUACGGUGAUGAGGUGUGAGGGAGAUCGCUCCUUCGUCUCUCUCGUUCACCGUCGAUACCUCGAGCAAGUCAUCCAGGUAGCUCGCCAGCACGGGGUUUGCAUCUUCGCCGCCCGGAGGAUCGCGCAUUGGGCGGCGCUAUGGCCGGAAACGGAGGCCAUUGCGGAUGCGGGGCUGGUAGCCUUUGCGUGCACGUCCUACCUGCCGACCGUCGCGCCCCAUGGCACUCGCCAUGCGUUCUUCGGGACGAACCCUGUCUCUUUCGCGUGGCCUCGACCCCUCCGGCCUCCUCUGGUGUUCGACAUGGCGACUUCAUCCUCCUCCCUCGGCGACUUGUCCUUGAAAGCGCGCAUGGGGGAGGAGGUGCCAGAAGGGACGGGGUUGGAUGGGGAGGGAAAGGUGAGCAAGGAUCCGUCGGAGAUUCUCAAGGGUUGCCUCCUCCCCUUCGGAGGAUACAAGGGAUCGCACCUCGCCAUGGCAGUGGAGCUCCUGGCAGGGCCUCUGAUCGGGGAGACCACGAGCUACGAGACGGCCAGGGAAGACAACCAGGACGGAGGUCCUCCCCUCGGAGGCGAGCUGAUUGUUGCCAUGUCGUUGGAUAUCAUCUCAGGAUCCAAGGAGAGUGCGGAGGCCGCGGAAAGAUUUCUGAAGCACCUUGAGGAGAUGGAGAGUUUUGGAAUGCCCGGGCAACGAAGGCACCAACGGAGGUUAGACCUGGGGAAGCGGAAAAUCGAUGCAGUCACGAUGGCAGAGAUCGAAAAGUUGCUCGAAUCAUCGAAGUGA